CUAUACGAUAGGUAGACGAGGAGUGUGCAAAACGGCCAAGACCAGAUCCAGAUGUGAAAUACGCGAGCAGCCCACGACCCAAAAAACUUGGAGGGGUGAGAGAAUGCCUCGCAGAAGUCAGAAACUAUCAGAAGACAGCAAACCGGGCCGUGAACAAGUUCGAAUUCGAUCCACAUGAAAGAUAAAAAUAGCAGCGCGACGAGGAGCGAUCCAAGAAUAGCCGUGACGCGCCCUGCAGCGUCAUAGAGAUGUCAUAGCCGGGCACAAGCGUAUAUAAGCAAUGGUGCGUCCAAUCUUCCUUUGUUUCGGCAAUGUCAACCACGGAACAAGUAACACCUACCGCCGCUACGGUACAUCCUUCUGCAAUCAGCUCGAAUGCACGCCCCGACACAACGCAGAAAAGCGAUUCUAACCCAUCCCAGAAUGUUGGAAGUGAAAAACAUGACGAAUAUCCUGAGCAGAAACAUGCGGGGAAAGUUGGCUAUGGUCCGCAGUAUCAUUCGGGACCAACUUUCACCGACAAAGUAACUGGAUUGAAGGAAGUCGUCAAAGGAAAGAUUACCGGCAAUCAAGGCCUCGUGCGCCAAGGUCAGGAGCGACAGACCGGAGAAUUGAUGCGCAAAAAGAAACAGGCAGAUAUGGAUGAAGACCCCUUUGCAAAGCAAGAAACAGAUCAUAAAGUCGCGCAAGACGAACAGCCUUCAGAGGACAGUCGUGGCACAAAGAAAAGUUGAGUUAGAACCUUUGUAGACUUCAGCGUUGUCCUUCUCGAAUAGAUCGUGCCGCUUUCAAUUUUCAGAAUCUUCUAAUCGCCGUACAGUUGAAAUGAGAGCAAGUUAUUCGGCAGUAAAGGUUGCGGAAAGGAGUCAGGCGACUUGCCAGCAAACAUGGGCGUGAUCGACAUUUCAAUGGGCCGGGCCGCCUUUAACUUUGACUACCACGUCCAGGCAUUGCACAAUGCAUUUUAAAAGUUUUCCCCAUCGCUUGUAGCAAAAUAUGUGCA